AUGGAAAGUUCCAGCGCCUCAAAUCCGACAAUUCCUGCCAACUCCGAUCAAUACAAUCAGGCAAAAUACCAUGCGUUUUCUUUGGAUAUGGAUGAAUUAAUGAAAUUAAGGGAUGAGGUUCAGGGGGAGAUAAAUAGACGGACAAGUGAGAUUGCUGAUCGUCAGAGAGAAAAUGAGGAAAAGAAGAGGAGAGAAGAUGAAGAGAUUGAAUCGUUGUUUGCUGCUUGGUUACCGAAGCAUUAUGAGAGAUCAGAUCGGAAAACGGAGGAAAGGUCUGAAAGACAUCAGAAGGGUCCAAAAUAUGGUAGUGAGAGUGACUCCGAAGCAGAUUCUGCAGCAGGGUAUGAGUAUCAUGUGGAAGAGGUAAACACCAGUGAAGAAGGAUCUGAUGCUGCUGAGGACAGGCUAAGGAUGGAGAAGUAUCUUCAUUGGAAGUUGCAAAUGAAAGAUUCCAGUGACUCCGACAAGAAUCUUUCUGAUGCCUCCACUGACGAUGAAGAAGAAGAUGAAAGUGAUGAGGAGGACUCGUCUUCUGGAGAUGGUGAUACUUCUCCAGCUUCAGCAGGCAGCAGUUGCAGUGAACGUUAUGUGAAAGAUGAUGACUGGAGCUACGAUGAAGAGGAUCGAUGCUUUGGAUUAAUGGCAGGGGCAUCAAGAAUGCCAAUUAUGUGCUUCCAGUUUAGUUUUUUGGAUUUAUUGGUGGAGACCGCGAAAGAGCAGGAUGGCUCGGUCAGUAAUAUCACCGUGCAGCCCACAGUUUUACAGGCAUUGACACUAGUAGUACGUAAAGCGAGUCAAUCUAUAUGCAGUUAA